GGCGGGGCCGGGCAUGGCGUCCAUGGCGGCGGCGAUCGCGGCCUCGCGCUCGGCCGUCAUGAGCGGGAACCGGCCCCUGGACGAGCGCGAGCGCAAGCGCUUCACCUACUUCUCGUCGCUGAGCCCCAGCCGCAAGAUCAUGCAGGACAAGGAGAAGAUCCGCGAGAAGUACGGGCCCGAGUGGGCGCGGCUGCCGCCCGCGCAGCAGGACGAGGUCAUCGACCGCUGCCUGCUGGGGCCGCGCGCGCCGCCGGCCGCCGACGCGGGGGACCCCGGCCGCUUCCCCGGCCCGCGCGGGCCCACGGGCCAGAAGCUGGUGCGCUUCGGGGACGAGGACCUGACUUGGCAAGAUGAGCACUCGGCCCCAUUCUCCUGGGAGACGAGGAGUCAGAUGGAGUUCAGCAUCUCCUCCUUAUCCAUCCAGGAGCCGGGUGUGGGCGCCCCGGUCGGCGAGCCCCCGAGGCCCCCCGCCAAGACUUCGCAGGGGGUGCCGGGCCUCAAGCCCCCCCAGGGAAGCAGGUCCUCCAGCCUGGACGCCCUGGGGCCCGGCCGGAAGGAAGAGGAAGCGGCCUUCUGGAAGGUCAAUGCCGAGCGCUCUCGAGAGGGGGCCGAGGCCGAGUUCCAGUCUCUGACCCCCAGCCAGAUCAAGUCCCUGGAGAAGGCGGAGAAGGCCUUGCCCUCCUGCUACUGGCAGGACCCGGCCCCGAAGGACAGGGAGGCCGAGGCCGCCCCCCCGGAGCAGGCCCCGCCCGGUGCGGAGGAGCAGGAGAGACCUCGGGCCCUCCAGGCCCCCGCCGACGCCGAGCCCCUGGGGAAGCCCUCGCCACCCAGCCCCAGGCUGGAGGAUGAAGACCCUCUGUUCUCAGAACCCGCGCUGGCACAGGUCGGCUCCAGCACGGUCGUCUUGAAGACGGGGUUCGAUUUUCUGGACAACUGGUAAACGGGGCGCACGGCGGCCCGCCCCGCCCGCCCCGCCCGCCCGGCGAGGGCUCGCUGGGGCGAUCGUUCCCUCCGCGCUCCACACUUUUCUUAAUUCCUUGCAAACUGGCAAAUAGUGCCAGGUUUUUUUUUUUCCUCUUUGGUAAACGCAGAUUUAUGGUAUUUUCAGUAAUUUGAUAGCAGAAGUUUUACAUUUGGAAUUUUUAUAAUCCAUGGGGAAUUUAAUGCAAGUUCCUAGUUCGACCCAAUUUCCCCCUCAAGGGAUCGGUUUCAUUAUUUACGAAAGUCGUGAAAGCGACGCCAUCUCCUCCUCUGCCCUCCACACGCCGUCCGUGCUGGGCGCCUUGAAUGGAGGCUGUGCGUCCUCAGCCACGGGGAGAGAGGCUGGCGCAGACCCCGGCCUCUGGCCGGAGCCCCUCCCCACCCGCCCUCCCCCUCCCCCCUCCGCUGGGAUCCCGAGGCUCCCUGACUCACUUGUAGAAGAGACGGCUGUUGGAAGGCAGUUGCAUGUCUGAAAGUUUCGUACCAACUUUCUCCUUACUUUGUAUCUGGAUAGCCACACCUAGCUUGGUUUCGUACCAGAUCCCCUCAGAAGCUCUUGCUACCUGCUGCCCCGCCCCCCCCCCACCCAGCUCUGCGGGAGCGCUGGUAGGGGCGGGCAGGGCUGGACCCCAGACGGUGCACAGUCACGGGCCGGAGCCUUCCAGUGCGAGCCCAGCAGGCCACAGGUGUCCUGCACCCCGGAGCCUGCCCCACCCGGCCCACCACCGCACGGGAGACGCCUACUUCCCCCGAGGCCCCUUCCUCACCGUGUGGACCGGGGGGACUGGGGGCCUGGCCUGCGGAGCCGGACAGCCACCGCCCUCGCCUGGCUCCGCCCAGUGACCCUCCCCCACGUCCCCCUGGCAGAGUGCCAAGCCGGGGCGGGGCGUGGGGCCGACCCCUCCACGCCCCCCUCCACGCCCUCCUCACCCGAAGCCUUAAUGCCCGCCAGUCACGCCAGUGGGCGGUACACAGGGGUGUCCUUUGUUUCUGAUGCCUGUGUCAUGCAGCCUUCCAAAAUGGCUCCCGAGCGUGCUGCCCGGCUCUGGGGUAAAGCACAUGGCAUCUCCCAUCCCCCCCCCCCC